AUGAUACCAAGAAAUAUCAUCAAAACAUUCAACAACAAGCUCACUUUUGCUCAUGUUUCACCUCCAUCUGAAGCUCCAUCAAAAACUGUCUGCUUUAUACCUGGAUUCAGGUCAGAUUUCACUACAUCCAAGAAAGCCGACUACAUUUACGAGUUUGCCAUUCAACACAAACUCGGUUUUCUAAGUUGGAAUUAUUCACAACAGGGAUCUGUUGUCGAUUGGUAUAAGGACGGUCUUGAGAUAGUUCAAAAGCACCAUGUUGACUACAUUGUUGGAGCCAGCAUGGGGUUGUGGAUAGCAUUGCUUAUCUCCCGAGAUAUUCCAAUCAAAGGUAUACUGGGUAUUGGCGGAGGAGUGGACUUUACAGAGAGGUGGUUGCAACAGCAGGUUCCAGUUGAACAUCGGUCUGAUCCUGAAUAUGUGUGGAGAAAGCCAAGUGAAUAUGAUAGCCGUGGCCACUAUGACAUUCGCAUUGAUUUCCUUUUAAACUCAAGACCAGCUUUGCUUUUGAACAAUCCUCAAGCACGAUUCAAGUGUCCCUCUAUUCAAUUGAUCCACGGCGUAAAUGACCAGGAUGUGCCAAUUGAUACAGCUCGUCAAUUGUACAAAUACUUAUCAACAAAUGGCGUUGAAAAGGUUUCAUACCUGGAAGUGGAAGACGGAGAUCAUAGACUUUCUAAAUCACAAGACCUCGCUCAUGCUGGUCAAAAAUUACAAGAGAUGGUUUUAUUUUAG